CUGCACUACGGGAGCCUCCUGGGCAGCAGAGCUUGUGCCCAGAUGGCAGCAGCUGCCUGGGGCAGUGGCUUUCUCAAUGCUGUCCUGCACACGGCCAACACAUUUUCCCUGCCUCUCUGCCAAGGCAAUGCUGUGGACCAGUUCUUCUGUGAAAUCCCCCACAUCCUCAAGCUCUCCUGCUCAGAUGCCUACCUCAAAGAACUUGAGCUACUUGUUUUCAGUUUUUCCUUAGUCUUUGGUUGUUUUGUUUUCAUUGUGGUGUCCUAUGUGCAGAUCUUCAGGGCUGUGCUGAGGAUGCCCUCUGAGCAGGGCCGGCACAAAGCCUUUUCCACGUGCCUCCCUCACCUGGCUGUGGUCUCCCUGUUUGUCAGCACUGUCCUGUUUGCCUACUUGAAGCCCCCCUCCAUCUCUUCCCCAUCCCUGGACCUGGUGGUGUCAUUUCUGUACUCAGUGGUGCCUCCAUGUGGGGCCAGCAUUGGUUGA